AUGGCCACCUGCUGGCAGGGCCUGUGGGCCUAUCGCUUCUACCUGAUUGUAUUCUUCCUACCCAUUUUCCUGCUGCCUCUGCCCAUCCUCAUCCCUACUAAGGAAGCCUACUGUGCCUACACCAUCAUCCUCAUGGCGUUCCUCUGGUGCACCGAGGCUCUGCCCCUGGCUAUCACCGCCUUCCUCCCCACCGUCAUGUUCCCCAUGAUGGGCAUCAUGGGUGCCUCCGUGGUCAGCACUGAGUACCUUAAGGACAGCAACAUGCUAUUCAUCGGGGGGAUGCUAGUGGCCCUGGCCGUGGAACACUGGAAUCUGCACAAGCGCAUCGCCCUCCGCGUGCUUCUCACCAUCGGGGUGCGGCCCUCCCUGCUGAUCCUGGGUUUCAUGGUGGUCACGGCCUUCCUGUCCAUGUGGAUCAGCAACACAGCCACCACUGCCAUGAUGGUGCCCAUCGCCCGUGCCGUCCUGGAUCAGCUGCACGGGACGCCCACGGGCACGGAUGCUGAGGAGGGCAGGAACAACCCCGCCUUUGAGCUCCAGGAGCCGAGUCCCCAGAAGGAAGAGACCAAGCUUGAGGAGAAAGACAACAAGCAGGAUGGCCCUGCGCCCCCUGUUCCUUCGGAGUCCGGGGCACAGCAGAACGAGGAGCAGCUCCGCUUCACCCAGGGCAUGAGCCUGUGUGUGUGCUACUCGGCCAGCAUCGGGGGCAUCGCCACCCUGACUGGCACCACAACAAACCUGGUACUGCAAGGCCAGGUCAACUCGAUCUUUCCCCAAAAUGGCAACGUGGUGAACUUCGCCUCCUGGUUUUUCUUUGCCUUCCCCACCAUGGUCAUCUUGCUGCUGCUUUCCUGGGUGUGGCUGCAGUUCCUCUUCUUAGGCUUCAACUUCCGGAAGAACUGUGGCUUGGGGGACCAGAUGAGGAAACAAGAGCGAGCAGCCUUCGAAGUCAUCCGGAGAGAGCACAAGCGGCUGGGCCCCAUGACCUUUGCAGAAAAGGCUGUCACCAUCCUCUUUGUCUUAUUGGUGGUGCUCUGGUUCACUCGGGAGCCAGGCUUUUUCACCGGCUGGGGUAACCUGGCUUUUUCCGAUGAGAAUGGGAAUAGCAUGCCAUCCGACGGGACAGUAGCCAUCUUAAUCGGUGUAAUUUUGUUCAUCGUGCCCUCCAAGAUCCCAGGGCUGACUCAGGAACCAGGAAAACCAGAGAAGCUGAAGGCCCCUCCUGCCCUCCUCAACUGGAAAAUAGUUAAAGAGAAGAUGCCUUGGAAUAUCGUGCUUCUUCUGGGCGGUGGCUUUGCCCUGGCCAAGGGCAGUGAGGAAUCGGGCCUGUCGCAGUGGCUGGGGGACAAGCUGACCCCGCUGGAGAGUGUGCCGCCUCCCGCCAUUGCCUUAAUCCUCUGCCUCCUGAUCGCCACCUUCACUGAGUGCACCAGCAACGUGGCCACCACCACAAUCUUCCUGCCCAUCUUGGCUUCCAUGUCUCAGGCCAUCUGCAUCCACCCUCUCUACGUCAUGCUCCCCUGCACGCUUUCCAGCUCCCUGGCCUUCAUGUUGCCUGUGGCCACCCCGCCCAACGCCAUCGCCUUCUCAUUCGGGGGCCUCAAAGUGACAGACAUGGCCCGCGCAGGAUUCAUGCUCAACAUCAUCGGGGUCCUGGUCAUCACGCUGGCCAUCAACACCUGGAGCAUCCCCAUGUUCGACCUGCACAGAUUCCCCUCCUGGGCCCAGUCCAACACCACAGGCUUCUGUGGGGUCAGCCAGGCAAACGUCACAACACCCAGCCCCUAGACCACGGUAUAAUCUGGCCCAAGCCAGGAAGACCCACCUCGUUCCUAUUCCUCUGAGCUGGGAGGGGAAACCCAGGCCCCAAGGCAAACAUUGAGGGAAAGGCACAUGUAUACCUAACCUCAU